GGACGUCAGUUUGAUAGAAAUAAUGUUUCAAGAACUCUACUUUGAGGUAUGCCGAGGAAAGCAACAUAUAAUGUUACAAGCUAGGGAGAAUUGGACUGCAGCAGAUUUGAAGAUGGCGAUUGAAGUUAUUUUGAAGGUUCCUCCAAAAAGCCAAUCACUUCGAGUACCUCCAAAUGAACAACGCACAGAAUGGAUGGUUCUAGACGAAAAGCAGACUCUUCAAGAAGCGGGAUUUACCCCAAAAAAUGCUCGGGCUGAUGAACCGAUUGUUUUAGCGCUUGUUUUGCCAGAAGACAACGACAGGGUUAAUGUUACACCAGUUUCUUUACCACCGCCAAUUCCAGAUGCAAUGUUGGGAGGACGACAAAGGGAUAUUGAUGCGGAAUGA